AUGUCCGGGGUGGUGCGGACGCUGAGCCGCUGCCUGCUGCCGGCCGAGGCCCGCGAGCGGCGGGCGGCGGGCGGCGGGGCCCGCGACGCGGAGCGCGAGGCGCGGCGGCGCAGCCGGGACAUCGACGCGGGGCUGGCGCGGGAGCGGCGCGCCGUGCGGCGGCUCGUCAAGAUCCUGCUGCUGGGCGCGGGCGAGAGCGGCAAGUCCACGUUCCUCAAGCAGAUGCGCAUCAUCCACGGCCGCGAGUUCGACCAGAAGGCGCUGCUCGAGUUCCGCGACACCAUCUUCGACAACAUCCUCAAGGGCUCCAGGGUUCUUGUGGAUGCACGUGACAAGCUCGGGAUUCCUUGGCAGUAUUCAGAGAAUGAGAAACAUGGCAUGUUCCUGAUGGCCUUCGAGAAUAAAGCAGGGCUGCCCGUGGAGCCUGCCACCUUCCAGCUCUACGUACCCGCCCUGAGUGCGCUCUGGAGGGACUCGGGCAUCAGGGAAGCUUUCAGCCGCAGGAGUGAGUUCCAGCUGGGUGAAUCGGUGAAGUACUUCCUGGAUAACUUGGACCGGAUCGGCCAGCUGAAUUACUUCCCGAGUAAACAGGACAUCUUACUGGCACGGAAGGCCACCAAGGGUAUUGCUGAGCAUGACUUCGUGAUCAAGAAGAUCCCCUUCAAGAUGGUGGACGUGGGGGGCCAGCGCUCACAGCGGCAAAAAUGGUUCCAAUGCUUUGAUGGCAUCACAUCUAUCCUGUUCAUGGUGUCAUCCAGCGAAUACGACCAGGUGCUUAUGGAGGACCGCCGCACCAACCGCCUGGUGGAGUCCAUGAACAUCUUUGAGACCAUCGUCAACAACAAGCUCUUUUUCAAUGUCUCCAUCAUCCUCUUCCUCAACAAGAUGGACCUGCUGGUGGAGAAGGUGAAGAGCGUCAGCAUCAAGAAGCACUUCCCGGACUUUCCUGGUGACCCGCAGCGGUUGGAGGAUGUGCAGCGCUUCCUGGUGCACAGCUUUGACCGCAAGCGGCGCAACCGCAGCAAGCCCCUGUUCCACCACUUCACCACAGCCAUCGACACAGAGAACAUCCGCUUUGUGUUUCACGCUGUGAAGGACACCAUCCUGCAGGAGAACCUCAAGGAUAUCAUGCUGCAGUGAGGGCUGCAGCCUCGCGAUGGACACUCCGCGGCCAGCGACACUACUGAGAACCCAAUACGCCUUGGGCCCGGGGCAGAGCCCCAUCACACCUCUCUAAAGUUAUAGCCUGGGGACUGUGUGCCGGCAGCCCCCAGAGACAGGUUGAGCCCAGUUUGUGGAUGGUUCUGCGAAUACCCGAGCCCGGCCCCUGUGUGUGCUCCCUCCUGCCAGGUGGCUCAGGCAUCAGGCAGCUGCCUUCCCUUGGAAGCAGUGGAGCGCACAUGCCAGUGUCACAGCUGCUCAUGGAUCCGGCCACCCCGCGAACACAGAGACACCCCAUCUUUUCACUGCCGCCCACCGUGCCUUCUGAUUGGUGGGCCCUGUGCCCGUCACACACUCGUUCGCCUUCUGGGUUCCUCCCACCGUGCCACACGCGCCUUCCAUGACAGUGCCCGCCACCUGCUCCUCCACUGAAAGAGCCCAGCAGGGCACCCAGGAUUCUCCGGGCAUUCGCCAGAGUAAAAGUUCCCACUGUAGCUGCCCCAGAAUCCUCUGUUGGUUCUCUGCCACACUACGGUGAGCCCCGUGAACAUUUUUGGGGUCAGCUACAGACCCAGAGAGGACGGGACCCCGCUGCUGAGUCCACAUGUUCUUAAUGAGGAGACAUGGCCAAAUUCUUCACUUCCGGUGCUCAAGACUCAUCUGUGUGCUGGCAAGAAAGUGGUGGGGGUGUCUUUGUCCUGUCUGUAUCUUGGGCUUCUGUCUCAGCAAGAAGUGACUCAGGAUACUUUGGGGGCAGAGCACUCUUGAUGUUGGGGGGCCCUGUCCCAGCACCAAGCACAGCCCCUGCCUAGGCGGCCUCUGCUCUUGGCCCAAAUCCAUGCUGGGCAGCUCUAGCUUGCAGGCCUAUUAGGGGUCAUGGUGAUCCUUGUCCAGCAGGGAGGUAUCUAGUUGCUGGUGUUAGCCCCAUGGCACUAGGUAGGAUAGAGUAUCUUAGACCUGUCCCCUACGGCUUGUCCAGGUCAGCCCCAUCCGGUGCCCUUUCCCUUGAACAGUCUGGUCUGUUCGCUUGUGCACUUUCCAAACCGGACGCCCCAUGCGUGAGGUGAACCUGCGGCCCGGCCCUGACACACACAGCCUCGGCCGCCCCCUCCUGGGCCCGGGUCCUCGCAGUGCCUGGCCCAGCAGCCUGUGAUCCACCCAUCGAUACACCCAUCGGUCGGCGGAAAGGAGACAUGUUUGCAAGGCCGAGAAAACCACCCGCGACUUUGUACACCCAGGUUGUAGCCAUUUUUAUUUCCAAACUUGGGCUUUUCUAUUUUUUUAUUUUAAUUUCACUGUUACCCCUGAAUUCUUGUCUUUUUUUAUUGAGAUAUCGUGGAGAAACAGGAGAUAGUUGUGCCUCGGCUGUUAUUGCAAAAAUGUAACAAUAAACUUUCUUAAAAUAA